AUGUUUCAAAACAAGGAUAUUGCCAUUGAUUUUUAAUAGGAUUUCUUUUUGACAGAAUAAGUGAAAGAAUUUGAAGCUCAAAUUUCAGGAAGACUUCUAACUAAAGAUGUUCUAUUAAAAUUUACUAACAAAGAAAUAGUUUAUAUAGUUGAUGGAAGCAUUAUUAGAAUUGAUUAAAUCUUAGAUGUAAAAGAAAUGCCACAGAUAAUGAAAAAUUUAGAAUAAAUCAAAUAUCUUAAAUGGAUGGGAGAUUUAGGCUAAAAUUUGUCAAAAAUUGGAAAAUGGUAUAUUAUAUGGAGAGGCUGCAAUAUAGAUAUGGGAGGAUGCUAUUGUGCUGAUGGAAAGAAGUAGGGAAUAUGGAAGGAAAUUCUUAUCAAUUAUAACAACUAAGUAUAAGUUUAUGAGUUUGGUCUCUUCAAUGGUGGUUUGAGAUAGGGUGUUUGGAAAAUAAUUAACUAAGAUUAAGUGAUUGGAGGAGGAUCAUAUGAUUUACAGGGGAAUAAGAAUGGUUAAUGGUUGGAACUUCAUUAAUAAUGGGAAAAGGAUUCAAGAGAGAUUAUAUUAUAAGGUGAAUAUAAAAAUGGCCAAAAAAUUGGAAGGUGGGAUACAGUUGAUAUUGGAUUAAAUCAAAAUAAAGUUAUGUAUGAUUUUAGCAUAAAAUAAAUAAGUGGUGGUGGAACAUAUAAUGAGAGUGGACUGAAGAGUGGAAAAUGGUUAGAAAUACAUGAUUUAUGGGAUCACUAUAGCUCAGUUACAUUCCAUGGUGAAUAUAAAAAUGGUGAAAAAUAUAGUAGCUGGACGACUGUGGAUAGGGAAAAUUAAAAAAUUGGUGGAGGAUCAUAUUAAGAAAAUGGAAUCAAGAAUGGGGAAUGGAUUGAAAUUUGUGCUGAAUGGAGAUCUGUUUGCUAAAUUAAUUUUAAAGGCUUAUAUAAAAAUGGUAAAAAAAUUGGAUUUUGGGAUACUCUUUAAUAUGGAAAUACAAAAAUGUAUGUUUACUUUUUAUAGAAUAUUAGCGGAGGUGGAAAAUAUGAUGAUAAUGGCUUAAAGCAAGGUAAAUGGAUAGAAUUGCAUGAUGAAUGGCAGCAUUGGGAUAGAGAAGUCACUUUUGAGGGAGAAUAUUUUUAAGGGAAAAAAAUUGGAAAAUGGAAUACUAUACUGAAUGGAAAAUAAAAUAUGUUAAUUUAUUAUUUCUUAUAAGAAAACUUUAGUGGAGGGGGAUAAUACGAUUAGGAUGGAUUGAAAGGUGGUUAAUGGGUGGAUUUAUGUGAUGGUUGGGAAGGUAAUGGUGUAAAUACGAUGUAAUUUACUUAUAAUGGAGAAUAUUUAAAAGGGAAGAAGGUUGGCAGGUGGGAUAUAAUUGACAAAAACUAAAAAUUAAUUGGAAGUGGAUCAUAUGAUGAAAAUGGAAUGAAGGAUAGUAAAUGGAUAGAAUAACAUGAAUAAUGGAAAUACAAUUUAAGAGAAAUUACAUAUCAUGGUGAAUAUAAAAACGGUAAAAAAAUUGGUUAUUGGAAUACUUUUCAAAAAGGAGAAAAAGUUGUAGGUGGAGGAUUAUAUGAUUUAAAUGGAAUUUAAGAUGGGAAAUGGGUUGAAUUGGACGAUUCUUAUGAUCAAGAGGAAUCCGCUAUCACAUACAAUGGUGAAUAUCAGAAUGGUAGAAAAUGUGGCAAAUGGGAAUCUGUUUAUGAUUAAAACACAGUCAUUGGUGGGGGAGUCUAUGAUGAAGUUGGAUUGAAAAAUGGAUAUUGGAUAGAGUUAAAUUCUGAAUGGAGAACUGAUUCAAAGGAAAUAAUUAUAAAAGGAGAAUAUAAUAAGGGUAAAAAAUGUGGAUAAUGGGAAACAUUCCAGUUGAUUUAUGGGGCAACUUAAAAAAUUGAAACUAAAGAAUAUGAUGAUUAAGGUUUGAGAAUUUGAAAGAUUAUUUAAAUUAUUGAAA